UGUCAUUUCAUUACGCUUCAGUUUCUGUACGGGGCUGGACGGUUGUGUAAUUGAUUUUUUUUUAAAACAAUUUUACUUCAAUCUUGUAAUGGAAAAUUCUGUUAAAAUGGACAAUUCUGGCAAUUCAACACCGCUGCCACAGCGCCAAGCAAGAGCUAAUAAUCAACCGAAUAAAAAUAUCGGCAAACACGGCCCACAGAAGCAAAAUGAAGGUGCAUCCGACGGUGGCCCAGCAGAAAAACGGCAACGUUUUGGCCCGAACAAUCAGAAUGGUGGCGGAGGUAGCGUCGUCGGUGGUGGUGGCGGCGGCGGAGGCGGUGGAGGUGGCCAAAAUCAAAAUAAAAAUUUCGCGAACAAGGGUGGAUUUGGCGGAGGUGGAAAUCGCAACCGCAAUCGUGGCGGCAAUCAAAAUAGGUCGAAUUUUCAAAAUCAGAAUCAAAACCAAAAGUCCACAACAGAUGCACCAAAAGCGGACGGAGGAAAUCUCAAUGACAAAUCUAACGAAGCUAACAAUGCAAAUCAAUCCAAUUCAAAUUCAGCUGCCCAAGCCCAGGCACAACUUCAAGCGCAGGCCCAAGCUCAUGCCCAGGCCCAAGCUCAAGCUCAGGCUCAUGCUCAGGCCCAGGCUCAAGCUCAUGCGCAUGCUCAAAAUCAAGCAUUUAGGGCUCGCGGCGGUGGCGGCGGCGGCGGUGGUGGUGGUGGUGGAGGAGGAGGUGGUGGUGGCGGCGGCGGCGGCGGAGGUGGAGGUGGAGGAGGAGGAGGCGGACGUGAUAGGAAUCGCGGAUCGCGUGGUGGUGGUGGCGGCGGCGGACAAAACUCUGGCGGCGGUAACAAUUCACAGCGUGGCGAUGACUUCUUUAUAGCCCAACGGUUACGCAGCAUUAGUGGUCCCACACAUGAGCUACCACCGAUCGAAGUCGCCCAGGAGACCAAGUUCUCUGGACGCAAUCGUCUCUAUGUUGGCAAUUUGACCAAUGACAUUACCGAUGAGGAGUUGCGCGAAAUGUUUAAGCCGUACGGUGAAAUAGGCGAGAUAUUUUCCAAUCUUGAAAAAAACUUUACAUUCCUUAAGGUUGACUAUCAUAUUAAUGCCGAAAAGGCCAAGCGCGCCUUAGACGGCUCAAUGCGUAAGGGUCGCCAGCUUCGCGUCCGUUUCGCCCCCAACGCAACCAUUUUGCGUGUUAGCAAUCUGACACCGUUCGUGUCCAACGAGCUGCUCUACAAGUCCUUUGAAAUAUUUGGGCCCAUUGAGCGGGCCAGCAUUACAGUCGACGAUCGUGGCAAGCAUUUGGGCGAGGGCACCGUUGAGUUUGCCAAAAAAUCAUCGGCCAGCGCCUGUCUGCGCUUGUGCAAUGAGAAAUGCUUCUUUUUAACGGCCUCGUUGCGUCCGUGCUUGGUGGAACCGAUGGAGGUUAACGAUGACAACGACGGAUUGCCCGAGAAGGCCCUCAAUAAGAAGCUGCAAGAGUUCAAUCAGGAGCGCAGUGUUGGGCCCCGUUUCGCCGAUCUAAAUUCAUUUGAGCACGAGUACGGCUCCAGGUGGAAACAGUUGCAUGAUCUAUUCAAAAGCAAGCAAGAUGCUCUCAAGCGUGAGCUCAAAAUGGAAGAAGAAAAACUUGAUGCUCAGAUGGAGUAUGCUCGCUAUGAGCAAGAAACAGAGCUUUUGCGUCAAGAAUUAAGAAAACGCGAAUCUGAUAAUGAGCGCAAGAAAUUGGAAUGGGAAAUGCGCGAGAAACAGGCCGAGGAAAUGCGCAAACGCGAAGAGGAGACCAUGCGUCGUCAUCAAACCGAAAUGCAGAGCCGUAUGGUGCGCCAGGAGGAGGAUAUGCGUCGUCGUCAGCAGGAGAACACAUUAUUCAUGCAGGCCCAGCAGCUAAACUCGCUGCUUGAUCAACAGGAAGGCUUCGGCGGUGGCAACGGUGGUGGCGGCGGCGGUGGUGGCGGCGGCGGCGGCGUUGGCAAUUCAAACUUUGAUAACUUCGGAGGCAAUAGCAACUCCCCGUUCGAAGUGUUCAGAGGUAAUAACAACUCGUCCAUGGCUGGCAACAAUGCCGGACCCGGUGCAAAUAACCAGCAGCAGGACUCCUUCGCUGCUUUUGAAUUUGGGGUUAACAAUAUGAACCAAGGCGGCAAUCAACGUGGAAAUAAUGGCGGAAAUAAUGUUCCAUGGGGACGACGUCGUUUUUAGACAGCCGAUAUAAUGCAUGGACCAGUAUGGAUAAUACGUAAAUCGACAGAAUGCAUCGAUUUACGUAGUACACUCGACACGUUUCACUUAUUUUUAGUGAAUUAUUCAUUGCAAAACAAUACAAACAAAAAGAGAGAAAAACAAAACAAGAAAACUUAUGGAACAUACUUAAUCUAUAAUCAACUGAUGCACCCAAAACUUUUAUGAUUUGAUUUAAUUAUUUGUCAAAUAUGUCAUCGUCAAGUCCUUAUAAUAAAGAAUCAUACAUAAAAGUAAAACCGA